GCGCUCUCCUCCAUCCCAGAGCUCGCUCUCAGCAGCACACACAGCAUCUCUGCUCUGCAGCUCUGAACAUGAGGAACAAGGAUUACGGUAAAAAACGUUGAUGACUGUUGAUUGACCGGGACGUGUGAAGGCGGAGCUUGCUUUGUUACCGAAUGAACCCCCUACCGACAGACAGAAUGCACCGGGACCGCAACGGAACCGUCGCCCUGGCGCGGUGAGAGCUCGUGAUUAGGCUAUUUAUCUCUUUACUGAGCGUUAGCUAGGCUUAUUAACGGAGCUAACCCCGUGUUUAAUACCGCCGGUUAACGCGAUCCAUUCUGUGAAUUAAAUCAUUACUGCUGCCGGUUAGAAACACACGGAUCGAUAGGAUUAAGAAUGAGAGUAUAACAUCUAAGAAGUAUUAUAUAAUAAUCGCUAUAAGUGGGCCGGGGUGGAGAUUCUGUCAGAGAGAUUCUAGUUGAAAACAGACAGAGAGAAUUAUAGAAAAGACGCAGAGAUAAAUUGAGACUGAGAGACCAGCGACAUAUUAUGGUUAUUCAUAUUACUAAUAUGAUGAAUUAACGGGCUAAUUUAAUUUAAUUGGUAAACAGGCUAAUUUUAGGUUAGGCCAUUUGGUAAACAGGCUAAUUUACCCCCACUAGGUCUGUAAUAAGGCCUGUUGUUCAGUGUUACAUUAUAGCCUGCCUGUUUACCGUUACUGUAGUCAUAUAGCCUGCCUGUUUACCGUUACUGUAGUCAUAUAGCCUGCCUGUUUACCGUUACUGUAGUCAUAUAGCCUGCCUGUUUACCGUUACUGUAGUCAUAUAGCCUGCCUGUUUACCGUUACUGUAGUCAUAUAGCCUGCCUGUUUACCGUUACUGUAGUCAUAUAGCCUGCCUGUUUACCGUUACUGUAGUCAUAUAGCCUGCCUGUUUACCGUUACUGUAGUCAUAUAGCCUGCCUGUUUACCGUUACCGAAUAUAUAUUCAUUAGUUUAUUUUGCACCAUUCUGUUGAAGUCAGCACCAGAAGGGAUAGCUACCCACUGUCGGAUCAAUACCUGAUAAAUACAGGUGGAAAGAUAUACGAUAUAAUAGUAGAUCAGAUAUUAAUCUAUAAUAUAUAGUAAUAGAAAAUAACUCAUAGUCUGGAUGUCUAAGGUGAAGAGUAGUGAGACGGUGAAGGUGGUAAUCCGCUGUCGCCCGUUAAACCGCAAAGAGGAGGCGGCAGCGGCUGGUGUUACCCGGACACCGGGAGGAGAGGGCGGGAUUGUAGAGAUGGACGUGCGUCUGGGUCAGGUGGUCUUACGGAACCCUCGCGCUCCGCCCGGCGAGCCACGUAAGACGUUUACGUUCGACUCUGUGUACGACCCCUCGUCUAAACAGCGUGAUCUUUAUGAUGAGACGGUGCGGCCACUGAUCGAUUCUGUCCUAGACGGGUUUAACGGAACCAUCUUCGCCUAUGGCCAGACGGGUACCGGGAAGACCUACACCAUGCAGGGGGCAUGGCUGGAACCAGAGAAGAGAGGCGUCAUCCCCAAUGCCUUCGAACACGUCUUCACCCAGAUCUCCCGCUCCGCAGCCGACCGUCAGUAUCUGGUCAGAGCCUCUUACCUGGAGAUCUACCGAGAGGAGAUCAGGGAUCUACUGGAUCCCAACGUGCACGCCCACCCCCCCCGCACCCUGGAGCUGAGGGAGAGCCCGGAGAGUGGGGUGUACGUACGUGACCUGACGGCGUGCGUGUGUAAGAGCAUAAAGGAGAUAGAGGAAGUGAUGAAUGUGGGUAACCAGGCGCGCUCGGUGGGAGCAACAGACAUGAACAAACACUCUUCCCGUUCCCACACCCUGUUCCUCAUCACGGUGGAGUGUUCCCUGCCGGGGCCGGACGGGCGGCAGCACAUCAGGGUGGGCCGGCUCAACCUGGUUGACCUGGCGGGCAGCGAGCGGCAGGCCAAGACGGGCGUCCACGGAGAACGCCUGAAGGAAGCUGCCAAGAUCAACCUGUCUCUGUCGGCACUAGGCAACGUGAUCUCAGCACUGGCAGACAGGCGUAGCGGCCACGUUCCGUACCGGGACUCCAAACUGACCCGGUUAUUACAGGACUCCCUGGGGGGCAACGCCAAGACAGUGAUGGUGGCUACGCUAGGCCCCGCCCCCCAACACUACGAGGAGACCCUCACCACGCUCCGCUACGCUAACAGAGCGAAAAACAUCCAGAACCAGCCAAGAGUUAACGAAGACCCUAAAGACGCCCUGCUCAGAGAGUUCCAGAGGGAGAUCGCACGGCUCCGCGCCCAGCUCAACCACAGGAAGGGGAGGGGCAAACACAGGAAGGCAGAAGGAGAGGAGGGCUGGGACGGAGAGGGGGAUGAGGAGGGAGAGGAGGAGGUGGAGAAGGAGAGGACGCUGCAGGAGGAGAGACUGGAAGAGGAGAAGGAGGCCAUCAGAGAAGACGGAUCACUAUUGGUUGAGGAGAAGCAGAGGCUUCUGGGAGAAAAGGAGAGGAUGAUGGGAGAUCUGAGGAAGGAGCGGGACGCCACCGAGCAGCUGACUGCCAAGUACAAGGCGAUGGAGAGCAAACUGCUGGUUGGAGGGAAGAACAUCAUGGAUCACACCAAUGAACAGCAGAAGACCCUGGAGAUCAGAAGACAGGAGAUCGCUGAGCAGAGUCGUAGGGAGAGAGAGAUGCAGCAGCAGGUGAUGGUUCAGGAUGAAGAGACUCUAGAACUCAGAGAAACAUUCUCCUCCCUGCAACAGGAAGUGGAGGCCAAGACCAAGAAACUAAAAAAGCUCUAUGCUAAGCUGCAGUGUGUGAAGGCUGAGAUCCAGGACAUUAAUGAUGAACAUGUCAGGAGUCGACAGGAACUGGAGCAGACUCAGAACCAACUCACAAGAGAACUCAGGUUCAAGUAUCUGAUCAUAGAGAACUUCAUUCCCCUGGAGGAGAAGAAUAAGAUCAUGAAUAGACUGACCUUUGACCCCGAGGAGGACCAAUGGAAGUUCACACCCCUCGUCCCUGCAGAGAGUCGGUUCAGCCAGAUGAAGAAGAGGCCGGCUUCUGCAGUCGGAUACAAACGACCAAUCAGCCAGUACGCACGGGUCGCCUUAGCGAUGGGAGCCCACUCCAGAUACCGGGCUGAGAACAUCAUGUUCCUGGAGCUGGACAUGACUCCUCCCACCACCGUCUCAUUGGACCACUGGCCAUCGGAGGCGGGGCCUCAUUGUAGCCCCUCCCCCACAGACAACGGUCCGUACAGGCAGCGAGCUGCACGUGUGCGCAUGUCACGAUCCUGGUGUCAGAUCCCGCGAGCCAUCACUUCCUCCACCUCCACCGUUUCCCUGGCCACCCAUUCUACAGCGACGCCCACUGCCGCCCAGUGAAGGGCAGCCUACCUCCCUACCUAUCUCUCUCUCUACUCUUUCCAUUCUCUCUCUCUCUCUCUCUCUCUCUCUCUCUCUCUCUCUCUCUCU